AUGCCUGUCAUUGAAAUCACCAGCAGAGCCGAGUUCCUACAAAAGAUCCUCGGCUCACCAGACCCCGUCGUCCUCGACUGCUACGCCGAAUGGUGCUCACACUGCAAAGCCAUCGAACCGAAAAUUGAAGAAUUGAGCAACCUCUACACCCCAGUGAAAUUCUACCAGGUGGAUGUCGACAAAAUCGAGGAUGUUGGCCAGGAGCUAGGUGUGCGGGCUAAGCCGACAUUCAUGCUAUUUAAGGACGGAGAGAAGAUUACAGAGAUUGUUGGGGCUCAUUUGCCUGCUGUUGAGCAGGGCAUUAAAACUCAUCUCCUUUGA